UCUAAGAUCUUUCUUUAAGAAAAACUUUCUAUCUUUCUCUCCAUCCUUUUCCUCUAUUUUCUCAAGAGAAGUGUAAAGAUGUCGAGCAAGAAAAAGAUUGCAAAAAAGGGGUCUUCGUCCACGAGUGCUCAUGAAGAGCUCCUCGUUCUGAAGAUAGAGUUCGUGCCUCACUCGGUAGAUCCUGCCGAGAAUUAGGCAUGGUGGGUUGCGCAUUACGGUUCGAUCACUCCUCCCAAAGAGAAGCCGUUCCCGGUCCUGGCCCAUCGUGCAGUUGAGGAAGGAGCACCAAGCAGGAGCACUUACGAGUUCCUCGAGAUCAUGCGGUCGUUCUACCGUAUUCCAAGCACGGUGGAGUUCUGGGUUCUUCGUCGAGGGGAAAGCGCUGAUAACCCCCCGGAGGGUUAUUUCACUUGCUACGAAGCGUACGUAUGCGUUGUCGCUUGUGGUUCCCGAUUCCCGAAAUCAUCGUCCGAGUUUUGGAGCGUUUUGAGGUGGCAAUCAGCCAGUUGAAUCCCCUUGCCCUUCAGCACCUUGUUGGAAUCCUUAUCUUGAGCUACGAGCAUGGUCUCUCCCUUUCCGUUGAUCACUUUGACGCGCUUUUAAGGCUACAUCUCGUCAAGGAUAAGGAGAAGUAUAGGCUGGUCCCUCGGAGCUUCACGUCGGUGGUUAAGAGAUUCAUCUCCAACUUUAACUCGUGGAAGAAAUUUUUCUUCUUUGUUCGCAUAGACGCUGCGUCUGUCGAAGAGAGUUGUAUCCCACUGCUCCGGAGGUUGCCAAAUGAUCGUCCCAUCAUCAACCCGCUGGCCCCAUUCCCCGAGGAUAUCAUUGAAGUGAGGGACCUUCUUAGGAAUGGUCCGUUUUUCAAGACUUCUUUCACGCCAAAACGAGUUCGGAAGGCGCUAAGGUUUGUGUGUCCCGAUCCUGUGGAAGCGGGGAACCACUCCGAGCCCGAUGAUCAGAGUCCCGACUGAUACCACUCAAAUUACCCUAAGGAGUGUAACUCUCAUCAAAAGAGGUUCAGAUGUAGUACUUAGGGAUCGAAUCCACAAGGAGUUAGGGAACAAUUAAAUCUAGUGUUUAUUAAUUCUAAAGGUUGUAAUGUUUUUAAUAAAAUAGCAAUAGUAACUAGCGAGUAAAUGAUAAAUGUAACUUAGGUUGGAAAUGAUA